AUGUAUCUCAAAUUUACGUCCUUUUUUCCUAUUUUGCUCGAAUGUACGCAUGGUAGCAGCACCAUGGGAAAGCAGAACGGUCGGAAGCGUUCACACGAAGACCGCGAUGAUGCCUAUAAGCAAGCAUACGCUCAAGUUCGUUUCGUCCCUAUCCUAUCCACGGGACGACCCGGAACUCCCCACCGAUACUUUGCGGAAUCGUACACUGUGGAACGAAGCGACAGCAAACCCAAGGAUGCCAACGACGCCUAUAGCUGCACGGAUAUUAUUUCACAGGUAGUACACAAGCAUGCUAAUGGACUAGUAGUGGUGACGGCGGGAAACCAUCUGCCUCCCAACACGCAAUCCCUUCAACUUCUGAUCCAAGAGUCGCCUGCGGCUCAGGAAAGUGCCGCCACCAAACGCAAACAACAGGCCAAAAUGCUCAAAGGCAAGCAAAUGGAAGGAAGUGUGCAUCCAAAUGACGUUAUUGCAACAAUAUCUUUUCUAAAGGGUGGUCAACAACAUUGUGUUCCUUUGCUGUCGAAUGUUUGGGGAACAGUAUUGGAAGUGAAUCCUAGCCUCACAGAGCCGAAGGCUAGACUACCGCGAUCUAUCGCCGAAGACCCGCUUCUGGACGGGUACUUGGCGGUCGUCCUACCCUCUGGCCCCUUCCCGCCAGCGGUCACAUUGACCGGUGAGUUACUGAAAAAGAAGACGGAUAAUUCGGGGGAAUGCUUUCGACAGGCUGAGAAAUAA